CGAGAAAAUAAAGUUGUUUAAAACUCUCAGACUGGAACGUGUGUGACUUUUUAACACGUUUACUGAAUAUGCAAGCGACAGGGCACAGGCUGAAGAAUCAGAAUCAGAAUCAUGGGUCAGAGACAGGUUCAGAAUCAUUACAGCAGGGGAUUAGAGCAGAGGAACGUCAGCAGAGGGAGCUGAAAGACUACAAACCAACACAACCUGAGAAACCCUGCACAGCUGAGCAGGGAGGCACAUGUGACUCAGAGCUGAUGAGAGCAAUGAAAGAGAGGGAUGGCUUGAAAAGCAUGCUGAAUAAAUACAAGCGCCACCUGUCUGAGAUCCAAGCCAACGUUCGGGUGCUUACAGCCGAGCGGGACAAGACCAGAAUGCACUAUCAGCAGGCUCAGGAAGAGAUUGCAAAACUCAGACGUGAUGUGUUGAAAUCAAUGGAAUCCCAGGGAUCGAAAUACAACGCGACGGCUCAGAGUGUCCUGAAACGCCUGGAAACGGAGAGAGAUGACGCGAUGUCCAAUCUUCACCACAUGAGCACAGAGAGAGACAGCCUGAAAGAGAGACUCAAGAUCUCACAGGAGACCUCGAUUAGUGAGAGAGCUCACUUGGAGCAGAGAGUGGAGGACCUGCAGAAUGCCUUACAGACACUGGAACAGGAGCGAGCUGAGCAUAAGAGCAGACAGGCGCAGAUGAGGGAGGCCAUGACUGGUCUGGAGGAGCAGAUGAACACGCUAGGCAAAAAGCUGGGCGCUACUGAAGGUGAACUCAGCUGCCUCAAGAAUGAAUGCAGCAUGCUCAGGCUUUCUAACACCCAAACAGAGAAUACUCUGAAUGAGACCCAGAAGCGGCUGAUUAACAGGAUUAAAGAUCUGCAGCGAGUGCAGGAAAAGAAUAAACAGCUGGAUGAAAAGAACGAUUCUUUGCUGAAGAAUGUAACGGUUCUUCAAGAGCAGAUGAAUAUACUGCAGAAUACUGUUUCUGAACUGAGCCGUCACAGAGAUACUCUACAGGUACAGCUAGAGAGAAAGAAUGCCCUGCACUACUCCACUACCAGAGAACUGGAUGAUAAGGAAAACUUAAUCCACAGUAUGAGCCUACAGAUCGAAGAUCUCGAAGCUGAUCUAGAAGCUGCGAAGGAGGCAGUAAGAAGCAGGGAUCGAGAGCUCGAUGUGAUGAAGAAAAAGCUGUUGGACUCUGGAGAUGACCUGAAUGCUGUACUGAAGCUCAAAGACACUGCGGUGAGAGAUAAUACACAGCUUAGAGAGGAGUUGGACCAAGUGCGACAAGACAACAAGGCUUUGCAGUUCAGAGUAGACGAGGCCACUCACAAGAUUGAGUUUAUGGAGAGGAAAGUGCAAAAUUAUGAUUCCGACAUCUCCAAUAUUGAAGACCUACUGUCCUCCAAGGAACAAGACUGUAAGGAGCUGCAGGAGUGUCAGAUGAAGCUGAGAACCUCAGCUUCAGAGAAUCGCAGACUCAGAGAAAGAGUAGCAAGUCUAGAGAGCUGUCUGAAAGAGCAACGAGAGUAUAAGGAGCUGCAGGAGUGUCGGAUGAAGCUAAGAACAGUGUAUUCACAGAACUGCAAACUCAAAGAAAGAGUAGCAAGUCUGGAGAGCUGUCUGAAAGAGGCUCACGGUGCUGAGCAGAGCUGCGGUGCUGAGCUCAGACAGCUGAAGUCCACACUGGAGAAACAGGAGGAAGAGCUGCGGCAGGUGCAGAACAAGCAGUUAGACACGCACAACAAUUUGGAGAAGACCCGCGAUGUGUGCAUCAAACUGGACACUGAGAAAAAAGUGGUCCAACAGGAGCUGGAGUCGUUUCGCUCUGAGCUGGAGCGCUUGAGGAAGCAGCUAGCAAUAGAGCGAGAGAAAGAAAUACACAGGCAGUUCAGCUUCCAGGAGAGGCUCGUGGAGAUCCAGGUCCUCAGGGACAAACUCAAUGUAGCUGAGUGCAAGGCGAGCACUCAGAGCAGAGAAAUGGCUCAGUUAAGGACUCGGUCAACACUGUUAGAAUCUGAUCUCGAGGCCACCCGGCAGCAGCUGAGCAUAGCGCAUGACGAAAAGGAACGUGCAGUGAAGGAGCUGCGUAGACUUGGACAAUCCUCACCCUUUGGCUCUCCAGUCUUGUCCUCCACACUGCUCACUCCUCCCUCCCCUGUCCAUCGCUCCCUUGGCCCUCACACGUCCUAUUCACUUGAACAUUUGCAUCACGCCUCUCCUAGCCACCUGCCACCAAGACACUCAUCUGCGAGGUCUGUGUAACUCAGAAUGCCAUUAAAACUCAACAGAAAUGCACCCCCGUGCUCUGGUUCACUUUCACUCAAUGAAGAGCUCUCCUUCAAUUCUAUAGUUAGACGCCAUUAUAAUAGACGCACUCCAGACUGCUGCUUACACAUCCAAAGGUUUUUUGAACACUGCAUUUAACUUAGUACUGGCAUAUUUAAAUCACCCUGCUGAGCUUGUAUUAUUUCUCAUAAAUGUGUGAUUUAGCUCAGUGUUAAUAAAUUGCCUAUCAAUAUUUUACAGGAGUAUUACUUUCAGAGACACGCAGGACUAAGCAGACAUGGACUGGACAGCUUUAGAAGCACAUCAGUUGUACUGUGUCACCACUAUGCGCCUGCUUUAUUUAAUAAAGCACUUUAGAUUUGAAUCCAUUUCAUGGGGCAAUCGUGGUUUAAAAGUUAGAGAAGCAGCCUGAGGCCCAAAAGGUGACUGGUUCGAUUCCCUGGACUGGUAGGAAAAAUCUAUGGCUGAAGGGCCCUUGAACAAGGUACCUCACCCCCAGGUACUAGGUAUGUGUGUGCUCGUUGUAUGUCGCUCUGCAUAAGCGCAUCUGUUAAAUGUUUGUAAUGUGAGUCACUCUUGGAGCCAUAUGAGCACUGAAUGGUAAUUGAUAUAUGAAUGAUGGCAUUGUUUUAAUUCAAUAGUGCUAUAUUUUUAGACGCGUAUUAAAAUCUGGAAUGAAUCUUUGUCUCCUGUCUUGCAUUAAAGCUGUAGUAAAGAUGAUUCUAUAAAAUUAAUUAUCCAUCCAUCCAUUAUCUGCAGCCACUUAUCCUGUGCAGGGUCACGGGCAAGCUGGAGCCUAUCCCAGCUGACUACGGGCGAAAGGCGGGGUACACCCUGGACAAGUCGCCAGGUCAUCACAGGGCUGACACAUAGACAC